AGCACCAGCAGCAGACUGUGUAAUCUCCCGGAACAGGUGUGACACCGAAUGAAGGGGAGAUGGGGGGUUGCGGGAAAUGGUGCUACCAAAUUUGCACCUGCUGUCUGUCUGAAGACGAACGUAAAUCAGUUGCAAUAGACAAGGAAAUUCGGAGAAUCCUAGCUGAGCAGAAGAAGAGAGAACGCCGAGAAAUAAAAGUGCUCUUACUGGGCACAGGAGAGAGCGGCAAAACCACUUUUAUCAAGCAGAUGAGGAUCAUACAUGGGAAAGGUUACUCUGAAGAGGACAGACGCUCCUUUACCAAACUGGUUUACCAGAACAUCUUCACAGCAGUAAAGGCCAUGACAAUGGCAAUGUCAACCCUCAAGAUUCCAUACACCAACCAACAGAAUGAGUCUUAUGCUCAAAGGAUUCAAGCUUUAGACGUUAACCAGGUAACCCAACUGGAGCGAACCUAUGUAGACGCCAUUCAGUGCCUGUGGGCAGACUCUGGCCUCAGGGUCUGCUACAGUCGCCGACGAGAGUACCAGCUACUGGACUCCACUGAAUACUUCAUAACGAAUUUGGAUCGCAUUGCGGCCCCAAACUACAUCCCAACUGCUCAGGAUGUUCUACGGGUGCGCUUCCCAACCACUGGCAUCAACGACUACUCUAUCGUAGUGGAGAAAAUCACACUCAGGAUUGUGGAUGUUGGGGGACAGAAAUCAGAGAGGCGGAAAUGGAUCCACUGCUUCGAAAAUGUGACAUCGCUUAUCUUUUUGGCCUCACUUAGCGAAUAUGAUCAGGUCCUGGAGGAAAACAACAAGGAGAACCGUAUGGAGGAGAGCCUGACUCUGUUCUACACCACCAUUCACUCUAGCUGGUUUGUUAAUGCCUCGAUCAUUCUGUUUCUUAACAAAAUGGACAUUCUGGCUGAGAAGAUAAAGACGUCAGACCUGCAGAACUACUUCACUAAUUUUCAAGGCAGGAGACAUGACGCUGAGGCUGCCAUGAAAUUCAUUCGUGAAAUGUACCAGCAUCAGGCCACGAACCCUGAGAAGAAUGGUAGUAAGAACAUCUACCCACACUUCACCUGUGCCACAGACACCAACAACAUCCGCAUGGUGUUCAAUGAUGUUAAAGACACUGUGCUCAUCAAGUCUCUGCAGGAGUACGGUGUGCUGUGAAAGAGUGCAGCCAUAAAAGCCUCU